UGAACGACCUGCAGCCCCGGGGCCGCGCGAGCGAGCGACAAUCACGCCCGUUCAUUGUCUGAUGUGUCGGUGGCUGUUGGCGGGACUGACGGGACGCGGAGCUGCGGGCGAGUCGCGUGGGUGAACAGCCCCGCGAGCCGAGGCGCGCGGGGGGCAGGUGCGCGGGCUGGUCCGCGCGACUUCUUCCGUUCGAGCCCGUUUUGUGCACGCACGUAAUCGGAGGAGGAAAAGGAGGCGGACGUGGUGAUAACGCGGACAACGCGCGAGUUUCACACGGUGCUGGUACUCCACUCUGGCCCCUUGACGCUUGUUCAGCUGCAGUCACUGAAUAGUCUCUCACCGCCUCUUUCUCAGGAUGAUCGAAGACGGGGACAGGAAGGGACGGACCAUGGCUGAGAGGAGACAGAUCUUCGUGGACCUGCGGACCGAAAAUUUCGACGCGAUCCGGCUCUCUGCGUACCGCACGGCGUGCAAGCUCCGUUUCGUGCAGAAGAGAUGUAACGUGCACCUGGUGGACGUGUGGAACAUGAUCGAGGCGUUUCGGGACAACGGCCUGAACACGCUGGACCACGGCACAGAGCUGAGCAUCUCCAGGCUGGAGACCAUCGUCUCCUCUGUCUUCCACCAGCUGAACAAGCGCCUGCCCACCACGCACCAGAUCGGCGUCCAGCAGAGCAUCAAUCUGCUGCUCAGUUUCCUGGUGACCGCACACGAUGGGGAGGCCCGCGGGAAAUUAACGGUCUUCUCCUUGAAAGUCAUGCUCACCAUCAUGUGCGGCGGGAAGAUGGUAGAUAAGCUGCGCUGUGAGUGCUUCCCCCUGCUGGACGACAUGCGCAACUACAUGCAGACCAACCACCCUGUGCCAAAUGUCUUCUCUCAGAUCUCAGACUCCCACGGCGCCAUGAUAGCGUCCAAAUUUGACCACUUCCUGAAGGAGGGGCUGAAAGUUCCCGCGGCCGUGUGUGAGGGGCCGGCCUUCGGCUACACGGAACACACCGCCCAGUCCUGUUUCUCCCAGCAGAAGAAGGUGACGUUGAACACAUUUCUGGAUACCAUGAUGACUGACACGCCUCCUCAGUGUCUUGUGUGGCUCCCCCUCAUGCAUCGCCUUGCUGAUGUGGAGAAUGUCUUCCACCCAGUGAGUUGUUCGUACUGUCACAGUGAGGGUAUGAUGGGUUUUCGGUACCGUUGUCAGCAAUGCUUCAGCUACCAGCUCUGCCAGAACUGCUUCUGGCGUGGUCAUGCCAACGGGAACCAUAGCGAACAGCACCAGAUGAAGGAGCACUCGUCCUGGAAAUCUCCUGCUAAGAAGCUGAGCCAUGCCAUAAGUAAAUCCUUCGGUUGUGUUCCAAGCUGCGAGCCCCCACGCCCCAUCUACCCUGAGAACCCAGAGAAACCACUCGACCUCUCCAACAUUGUUCCCCCACGUCCUGAUCCAAACACAAACAACUCUCCUCCGCCCCUUUCUGCAGACCCUGGCCCUGUGAAGAGGGUACAGGGUAUAGCUGCUGCUCAGCGUAUGAAUGAGGAACACGCGUUGAUUGCAGCUUAUGUGAACAAACUGCAAACCAGUCCACGUGCCCUGGACAGUCCCAGUCGAAUGGAUGAGGAACACAGACUGAUCGCACGAUACACAUCCCGGCUAGCGUCAGAGCCCAGCAACACAGCCAGACCAGCCCCGCUCAGCUUUAAUGCUAGCAAGCAGCAACGGCAGUUAAUAGCAGAACUGGAAAACAAGAACAGGGAGAUACUACAGGAGAUCCAGCGUUUGCGCUUGGAGCACGAGCAGGCGUCCCAGCCCACUCCUGAGAAGGCCCAGCAAAACCCCACUCUCCUGGCUGAACUGCGGCUGCUCAGGCAGAGGAAGGAUGAGUUGGAACAGAGGAUGUCUUCUCUGCAGGAGAGUAGGAGAGAACUCAUGGUACAGCUAGAGGGACUGAUGAAGUUACUCAAGGAGGAGGAGCAGAGACAGGCCGCUCAGGCAGCAGGGACCCCCCACGCCUUUCCCAGUCCUAGCGCCUCUCGGCCAAUCCCCAUGCCCGUCCGGUCGGCAGGCUCCACCCCCAGCCACGUGGGCCAAUCAAACAUGCCCCACGAUUCUCUGGCUGGAGUGGGCGGAGACGUGCAUGAGGCAUUUGCUCAGGGAGCACGCAGGAACCUUCGGAACGAUCUCCUUGUGGCGGCCGACUCUAUCACUAACACGAUGUCGUCCCUGGUGAAGGAACUGCACACCGUAGAGGACGGAGGGGACGAAGAAGAGAAGAGAUUGCAGAAUGUGAAGGAUCGAGGUUAAAGCCAAAUGUGAAGUUAAUAAUGCCAAGCGCAGUGAUUGGACGGCGGCGAGUGACACUCAGCACACUCCAUCCAAAGAAACCAGGCACAUCCUUCAGCCACUGCUGUCACCAUGACAACAUCGGAACAGCCGAGACAAUGGCGCAGGGGUCCCGCCUGCUUGUGGCUCAGCCAAUCAGAGAAGAGCUUCAAGAUUUGUGCAGCAAUGUCACCCUAUCCGCUGACUCUAACUGUGGAUGGAGGAAUUUUUUAAAUUGUUAUUUUUUGUUGUUUAAUUACAAUUUAUUUUUAUUUUUUUGGGGGGGGGGGGUUGUUUUCCUUUUUUUGCUGGAUUGCCGUUUCUUGAUCUAGUUUUAUAUUAGUUUUGCUCAUUGAUGUGGAAAUAUUUCAUUAGCGAUAAUUUUGGUGGUACCAGAGGACUACUGAUUGGGCAUAGAGAUGCAGACCCCCUGUGACCCCGCCGCUUCGGGCUCUGGGGGCCGAGGGCCACUGCGCCUGACUGCGGCAAAACGCCUUAAAGGCGCUGCUUUAUUAUUAGUACUGGUAGUUGCAUUUAUAUAUAUAUAUAUAUAUAUAGUGCCUUUCUCUAACUCGGUGGGGGGUGGGGGGGUUGAGACAGUUUAGAGACAGUAAUGUGCUUCACUGGAUGAGUGAAAGAAAAGGCGAGGCAGAUGUGUCUAGAGGGCACUGAGUCAGGGCAGGGUCAGCACGGAGGUCGGUCUCGCGUGGCCGUGGUCAAGUCGAUUGGCAGUGUCACUGGCAAGGCUGUGAGAAGUGGGUGUUAGUCCUGUACCGCCGUCCUGCUCGGCGGACGAACAGGACCGAACCCACAAAUGGAACGUCUGUGCCGUUUAAUUUAUUUAUAACAUUUUUUUUAAAGUUUUGACUUUAUUUAUGUUCGUAGGACAGCAUUUAAGCUUCUAGGUGGAUAUCCGAGAAGAGAUAUUUACGAGUGCGAGUCUCUGGGCUCGUCGUCCAGGCAAAUAACUAGUCCAGCUUCAGCCUUGGACUCGGGUCUGGUCAACAGCGACUCUUUGGUGUUUAGGACGAGAGUUAGCCUCGGUCCAGAAAUAUCUCGAGACUCCCGGUCUGGCGUUUCUGGAGUUUGUGUGUAUUAUUUCAAUUUGGUCUGGAUUAUUUUAUUCCUGUAGAAGUGGCCGCAAGUACGAAUAUUAAUAUAAAAUUAAGACUGAAUACAUGAAGCAAUUGAGGCCUAAACCAGAGUGUUUUUAAUGAGGUGCGUCUGCGUAGUUUUAUUUGAGUACUGUUUUAUAGUCCUUAUUUUUCGGUCAGGCGCUGCCUAAGCGCACAUGCGCGCACACGUGACCUGUGGUGUACUAAUGGUAUGUGGGUGUCUGUGGGUGUUUAUGAUUGCAAAAUGCUGGAUUGUCACAGUAACGAUGCUGCCUUAACAGAGUGUGCCGUGGGAGACUACGUUUUUGGGGUUUUUUUUUUCGUUCUCGGACUCUGCUGUAGAAAAAAAAACCUCGCCAGGGACUUAUAUAACAGUGCCAAAGCAACUUGAAUUGUGGUUGCCCUGUUUGUAGUCUUGUUGUCCUGGUUUAAAGGCUUUAAAACGGCAACAACAUCAUCAACAACUCUAGUCUUUUUUUUUUUUUUUCUUCUCUUCUAAUUUACUGUCAGCUAUUCAGAUUUCCGGAACUUUCUGUCAGUAAAACCCAGCUAAUGGUACACAGGGAAGGGUCUGAGUUCAGUGCCGUAACCCUGCCAGCUUAGAAGCUUGAGUUUGUUUUUGGUUUUUUCAGAGGGAGCAAACACAUGAAUGCGCGUGAAUUUGAAGGAUGUGUUUUGACCUUUUGUUUUGCCUCAGUAGACCCUGGGUUGGUCCCUAACACCAGACGGGCUCGGUGACCAAUCAGAGCGUGGGUUGGAUCGCAGCCGGGACAUGGUCCAUCACUUUUAAAUAUUAUUUAUACCUUUUUUUUUUUUUGAAGUUGUCAUUUCAAAGCUAAAAAUAAUUUGAAAACAUCCCCAAAAUUUGAAUCAUUGUAACAUCUCUAUAAACGAACCAGUUGUCUGAAAGCGCUAGGAUUAAUCAUACUGGUGUGAGAACCCGAAAUCCUGACAACGUUUUUUUAAAAGGCACACAACCGCUACACUGGUCCGUGAGAGUUCGUUAAGCUCCUCUGUGGUCCGUGAGAGUUUAAGAUCCUCUGCUCUGCGAGAGUUCGUUAAGAUCCUCUGUGCUCCGCGAGAGUUCGUUAAGAUCCUCUGUGCUCCGCGAGAGUUCGUUAAGAUCCUUUGUGCUCCGCGAGAGUUCGUUAAGAUCCUCUGUGCUCCGCGAGAGUUCGUUAAGAUCCUCUGUGCUCCGCGAGAGUUUAAGCUCCACUGUGCUCCGCGAGAGUUUAAGCUCCACUGUGCUCCGCGAGAGUUCGUUAAACUCCACUUUGGUCCACGAGUUCACUGAGCCGACAGAAUUGUGAAGUCCCCACACGGAGACUGGAUGGCACGGGUUUUUCUCAUAACAGUGAAUGCGUGUUGUCGUCGGAGUUUGAAAAGUGGUGGAACAUCUCUCUUUUUUUUUUUGCCAGAGGCGAGUGGUGUGCGAGCGAGCGCGCGCCACCUGAGAAGGGCUGAUGGGUUGGGAACUCAUGGUGCCGGCAGCCAACAGCUUUCUCUCCUUAAAUCUCAGAGAUUACCACUGUACGACUGUUUCAUACCUAAUAAAUGAAAAUAAAACUCCCAAAAUGAACACAAGCCUAGAAACAUGUUGCUGAUGUUGGUUUCAAGUGCUGAUCUGUUAUACUAAGAAUAAAUUCUAUUUUUAAAAGGAA